AUGGAUGAGAUCGAGAAUACGACGACUGACUUUAUAGCCAAAAAACGGCAGCGACCAACCAUCGUUUGCACUAAUUGUAGACGCCGUAAAAGUAAGUGUGACAAAGCGAGACCAGCAUGUGGCACCUGUGUUAAAGCUGGCAUACAAGAAUCAUGUUGCUAUGUCCCUGACCCUCGUACGCAAAAGAAACAGAAAGCGCUACCGAAUGGGGAUGAAAUGAUUCCUUACUUUGAGUCUACCUACGUGGAUUUGGUACCUUUAGGGUUUGCCAUUAAUCAAAAAAGAUCUGGGACUAGCUACAUUUCACCACUAUCUGCGGCAGCUGCACGGCAACGGGACCCAUACUUGCAAAUCUUAGAAUUUAUCUGCAUGCUUCCCAAAUGUAAUCGGAAAAUAUCAAAGAAACUUGUUGACGGGACUUCAGCCGAAGACUUAUCAAUGGAUACAAUGGCUACGAAUGGAAAGGCGAAGUCGGCAGCAGACAACUUGCCUAGAUCUAUGCGUCAUCUAAAGAAGAUGGAACAGGAUUCUCUAGAUCUGGAGUCCAGUUUGACAUCAAAACACAAGAAUAUGUGCAAGCAUUUGUUUGAGAAAUUUGGCAAAAGCCAUCGGAGCGAUGCCUGGACGGAGAAUGGAAAUGGACUGCCACGAGAGCAUAUGCCGAAUGCAAGUAUUUUCUUUGAGCUUGUUUGGCCGUUUUACUUAAAGAACAUUUCAGAUUUAUGUCCCAUAUUUGAUACCAACGCCCUGGAAAGCAAGUUACGAAGUUUGUACAAAGAAGGUGAAUUAUCAGGUACCCAAUCUAAAGAAGGAAUUGAUGACUAUGCGUGCUUUUCCAUUUUGCUGCUAAUUACCAGUUUGGUUCAACUGUCAAUCAGUUUCUCAAAAUCGAUUAAUAAUCCCAGCGCUGCAAUAAUCGAAAACAUUGAAUCCGAACACUACAUUUCAAUUGUUAAUCACUGUACUUUCAGAGCUAAAAAUAACAGAAAGUGCUCCCUACUACGCGUGCAAAGCAUGCUGCUGCUCAGGUUUUAUCAGUGGUGCGCUCCAGACGAUGGCGACGGUGAGCGGCUACAACAAAGCAAUAUGCUAAUGGGAGCAAUAGUGUCUGCGUGCUAUAGUAUAGGGAUUGGAUGGCACUGCUUCAGCAACACGGGGAAACUAGUGGCUGAUCUUACUUCUUCUCUGUCAAGACCAUCUCAAAUGGAACAAACAUUAAAUGAAUACAAACGAGUCUGGAGUGUUGUUAUAAAUUGGGAUCGCAAACUAAGCUUGCUGACUGGUCAAUCGUGCCUCGUAGGGUCCACCUUGAGGGCUUUUCAGGAAUCACGAGAGGAGAUUUCAUCAUUGCAUACUCUGAAAUAUGACCAUCUGAUGCAAAAACUAGCAAGCUCUGUAAGCGAAAAUCCCCGUAAAGUCGAUUAUGAUUUUGUGAGAAGACUUUCUGGGAUGCUCAAAAACACUAUAAGAAAUGACCCAAAGAAAGAUGAAUCAAAUAAAACUUUGGCUUUUGAGAUAAAAAUAGUUAUAAUUCUGCUUGAGCUGUCCCUAGAUCAUGCUCGCAUGGUGAACUGCGAGCUGAACCAAGACCCAGAAGAUUUUCAAGAAUGCGUACAAAGCUUAAUGGAAAAGGUUUUGAAGCUAACCAAUUUCUGCGAAUUUCACCUGUGCAUUCGAAAGGACGAAUUGUUUACAAGAUUUUACACCAAUAAAAUCGUAGAUAUUGCAUUUGAGAUCGUUGCUGCGAUAGUUCCCUCCAUUAUUUUACGCGCAGGGAGAUCUGGCGAACCCAAUCUGAAAAAAGUUCUUCUGGAGUUUUACAGAAAUAUUCUUACCGCUUGUUUCAACGAAUUAGGAACCGAAUACUAUCAAUGCUUUCGGAGAAUGUUUGGCUCUAAAGUUCUAUUCAAAACGCUUAGCUAUCUUAAUGAGAAAGAUCCAUGGAUCACAAUUUUAGAAUAUCUUGCUUUGUCCGAUGACAAAGAAGAUGACCCGUUGGAAUAUAACCCGCUUAUUAUUCAGAAGUUUUGGAAGUUGUAUCAAAUGAAAGAGAAGGAUAAAAAGGUGAGUGACAUAUGGGAUGCUUGUUAUACCCCCAAUGAUUCAUUUUCCUUUGAACUAGACGUCAACAACCUUGAAAAGUAUCUGCCAUUUACAGCUAACACAGAAAUUCGCGAUUACGACGUUUUCUCCGCGUUCUUCAACAACGCUUCCUCGCCUUUUUUCGAAAAAGUCAAGGAAUUACCGUCGACGCAUAGCGUAGAUUUGCCGCACGAUACAUUAAACAACUUUGAUUACGGCCUAUUGACUAAUGAUGAAAAUUUGUAUGAUCCCUUGGUAUUUCUGGAUUUCUUUGAGCCUCAAGCAUGA